AUGGCAUCAAACACAACAACAGCCUUAGCAGGCCCCCUCGACACCCUCAACACUACUGCCAACGUCACAACAGCGUCAACAUCACCACUCGCAUUCCUCCAAGACCUCGACUUUGUGGUCCUCGAACUCAAACUCGUCGUAUCCGCCUUAGGAAUCAUCUAUCUAGGUUCUCAUGCCGCCAUCCGCCGUCCCCCAUCCGCCACACCCCCUAAAAAGAAGCAUCCCGGUCAAAAGUCAGACGAUGAUGACCGCUUCUCACAAGGGCUUGAACCCUCUGACGCAAUCAUGUUUCCUGUCAUGGCGGGCAUUGUGCUUGUCGGGCUGUACUAUCUCAUUCAAUGGCUUAAGGACCCAGCCAUCUUAAACAAGAUACUGAGGUACUACAUGACCGCGGCGUCAAUGGCUAGUAUUCUGACCCUUUAUGCACACGGCAUGGACCUAGUCACUUCCUUCGUAUUUCCGAGUUAUUGGCGCGGAAGGAACGGGUCCCUCCGUCGAGUUGACCAGCGCCGCAAAACGGUCCACGUAUGCGAUGACUUUGGAAAUGCCGGCGCUGUGACGGAAAAGAAUCCAUUGCCUGGCAUUUUCUGUGUGUUUUCUGUUACGGAGAGAGCACAGAAAGCGGUCUGGGAGCUCAGAGGUCUGCUCACCAGGCACUGGACGAUAAAGCUGUUUAUUCAUGGGGUGGGAGAGGAGGCGGCCAAGCUUCGAUUUUCGCACAUGAUGGCCCUGUUUUUGUCGUUGGCCACGGCGCUGGUGUACUUUUCGACGAAUUCCACCUUUUUGUCAAAUAUGCUUGGCCCUUAUAUGAUCACCGUUGCCACAACCCUCGAGGUUCCUAUCAAACUCACCUUCGAGGUCGCAUCGCGCAAGAGCAUCCUUGGUCUUGGAGACAUUGUUAUUCCUGGCAUGGUCAUCGCCUGGGCACUUCGUCUCGACCUCUGGCUACACUAUGUUCGCAAAAUCAAGUUUGAGCCAACUGACCUGACUAUUGUCACAAAAGACGACUCCUCUGGAGAAAUCGUCCGUCGUAGCGAAACCAAGCACAAAGAAGUCAAGGCUCGUUAUGUCGACGUCAAGAACAAAUGGGGUGAAGGUCUCUGGACUCGCGAGAACUUUUUCCUCUCAAGUCCAUCAGAAUUGCCGGUUGAGUUGGCAGGCGCUCGAUUCCCCAAGACAUACUUCUACGCUUCCAUGGUAGGAUACACGCUCGGCAUGGCGGUAACGCUAACUAUGCUGUUGGUUUUUAAGCAUGGACAGCCGGCGCUAUUGUAUCUUGUUCCGGGUGUUUUGGGGUCGAUGGUGAUUACGGCCCUAGCCAGAGGGGAAUGGAAGGAUAUGUGCAAGUAUACGGAGGAUGGGAGCCUGGAUACCGUGGAUGUGGUUGUUGAUUUGGACGGGGAGGGGAAUGCUAUCACGACGAUAGGGUUGUUGGAGGAUGGCAUCGUGGACACGACCAAGAACAAGAAGGAGGACGAGUGUGAGAAGAAGGUUGCGGAGGCAAGCUCGAAGGAGGGCGCAGCGAAAACUGGGCACAAGGUUUUUUUGCUGUCCAUAGAAGCACCGCCGGAGGAUGAGGAGGAGUGA